AGUGGAGCAUUCCCCUUGUUGAGAGCAGACGUUUUUAGUUCUGAGCAUCACUUUUCCAUUUUACAAUAAUGUCAGGAGCAAUCAUAGAGAGCAUGAGCACUAAAAAACUCAUUUUAAUGGGUUUUUGUAUUCUGGGCUUUCAGCUUCUAUCUAUCAUGGUUGGAGCAUUUAUUGCUCCCACUCCCACCACUGCCAUCCGCUACUUAGCCACUAAAUGCAUUAACGGUCACAGGACUCGUGGGUGGCUCAUGCCCUGGGGAUCAAACCGGUGCCAUCAGAUCCGUAGCUUUGAUGAACCUCUUGCAAAAACCCUGGACGCCAAUGACAUUGUCUUUGCUGUGCACAUCCCCCUCCCCGACAAGGAGAUGAGCCCCCUGUUCCAGUACAUGCUGGCUGUUCUGCAGUUUGACAUUGCAUUCAAAAUGAUCAAUCAGAUCGAAGAUGGUGUUAGCAUCACUAUUGAAGCUUCUCUGGCGUACAGGGAUGAUUUAAUGUCUGAGUGGACUACAAAAUUUCACUCAGUGGAACAAAGACCACUCAGGUGCAUAUUUGCUGUCCCUAAGACGUAUGAAAACGAAGGCCGCUUUUACCACUGUGAGCCUAUAUCAUUAAUGGAACUGGGAACCAUGGCCCACAAGUAUUUUCUAAUUAACAUACGCUUGCCAGUAAAUGACACAGUGAAUGUGGGCAUCGGGGAGAUUAAGGACAUCCAUAUAGUGAGUAUCCACCAGAAUGGAGGCUUCACUAAGGUGUGGAUCACUAUGAAGACGGUGUUCUGUCCCUGGAUAUUUGUGGCUAUAGUUUGGUACUGGCAACGAAUCCAUCUUAUGGCGAGAUCACCAGUCCUUUUGGAAAAGGCUAUUUUUGCUCUGGGUAUCUCUAUGAUGUUCCUGAACGUACCAGUGGAGUGGCUCUCCCUGGGCUGUGAGUGGACGUGGAUGCUGCUGUUUGAGGAUGUCCAGCAGGGCAUCUUCUAUUCCACACUUUUUUGCUUCUGGAUCAUCUUCUGUGGUGAACACCUGAUGGAUCAGAGUCAGAGGAAUCAGCUGUCAGUGUACUGGUGGCAAAUCAGCCUGGUGCUGUUCGGCUCAUCUAUCCUCCUUAUUUUUGAUCUGAGUGAAAGGGGUAUGCAUCUGAACAACCCUUUCCACAGUGUUUGGGCAUCCGAAAUUGGGACAAAUCUUGCUAUUACCUUCAUUGUGAUGGCAGGCAUUUGUGUUUGUCUUUAUUUCCUAUCCCUGUGCAGUAUGGUGCGUUGUGUGUUCAGGAAUAUUGAAGGAAAAUUACAGCAUUUUUCUGCAAUACCAGAAGCAAGAAGACUACGCUAUAAGGGUGUAAUCUUCCGGUUCAAGUUUUUGAUGCUGGCAACUCUUUCAUGUGCUGCCAUGACCGUGAUAUUCUUCAUCUUAAAUCAAGUGAGUGAAGGGCACUUACACACCGGUGACUAUACACUUCAAGUCCACAGUGCCUUUCUCACAGGAGUUUAUGGCAUGUGGAACCUGUAUGUGUUCUCCAUUAUGUUCCUCUAUGCCCCUUCCCACAAGCAUAGAAGCAAAAGGUCAGGAGAAACAGAUAUAUUUCGGAAGGCAGAGAACCAGAGGACUCAGCUGAUGAGUGGUGAACAAGGACCAACAGAGAUCUACAGGAUCGCAGGAAAAGUGGCUGAGGAGUAGUUGAUUUUGUUGCUUUUGUUGUGUCUGUGUUUUGUUUGUUUUUUACUUUGUAUUUCUAUUUUUGAUCCUAUCACUGUAACUUGAGGCAUGAGACUUGUAUAUAUUUUAGAACUCUGGGGAAUUAUAAAAAUGUUUGUAUAACUCACAUCAUAGAAUCCAUGUAUAAAACUAAUACUACACCAGUCAGCCUUAACAUAAUGACCAAUGACAGGAGAAGUGGUAAUAAUAUUGAUUAUUUUAUUACGGUGGUUCCUUUCACUGGGUUGGAUAUAUUAGGCAGCAAGUGAAAUUUAGUCCAUGAA